AUGGAAAGCCUGUCUGAUGCUGAUGCUUUUGCCACAAAGCUUCAAAACACUCUUAUCCAGUACCACAGCAUUGAUGACGAUAAAUGGAGAGUUGCUAAGAAAAUGAAAGAUGUCACAGUUUGGAGAAAACCUUCAGAAGAAUUUAGUGGAUAUCUCUACAAAGCCCAAGGUGUUAUAGAUGAUACUGUCAAUAGUGUAAUAGACCACAUUCGCCCAGGGCCCUGUCGCUUGGAUUGGGACAGCUUAAUGACUUCUUUGGAUAUUUUGGAGCACUUUGAAGAGAAUUGUUGUGUGAUGCGCUACACUACUGCUGGCCAGCUUUGGAACAUCAUCUCCCCAAGAGAAUUUGUUGAUUUCUCCUACACUGUGGGCUACAAAGACGGGCUUUUAUCCUGUGGAGUAAGUCUUGACUGGAGUGAGAAGAGAACGGAAUUUGUUCGCGGAUACAACCAUCCUUGUGGUUGGUUCUGUGUUCCACUUAAAGACAAUCCAAACCAGAGUCUUUUGACAGGCUACAUUCAAACAGACCUGCGAGGCAUGAUUCCUCAGUCUGCAGUAGAUACAGCCAUGGCAAGCACCUUAGUCAACUUCUACGGUGAUUUACGAAAAGCCUUACCUAUGGUGUAA